AUGAGAGGAAGCAGCUAUUCUCAGAAGACUCUAACAGUGAGUGGGUCGAGCAGGAUGCGGGUCCAGAGCCCGUCUCCAACUCGCUGCAGAGCUUCUUCGUCCUCCUCAGUGAAACGUGGACGCACUGGCUUCCAGGGAGGUGCCGUGGAGAUUGGCACAGAGCUUCAUCAGCAUCAUGCUAAUGAGAAAGAGGAGAUGCAGAUACUUAAUGCGCGCUUUGCUGGCUAUAUUGAGAAGGUCCAGGCUCUGGAGCAGAGGAACGCGGCACUCAGGGAGGAGCUGCAGGUCCUACAAAGUCGAUACAAGGUGGGACCAGGGGGACUGGGUGAUGAGUAUGAGGCCAAAUUUAAGGAAAUGAAGGACCUGAUCGCAGCACUAACAGCUGCGAAAGGAGCGGCUGAUAUCGAGAGGGGAUAUGUGGAGGAGGAAGUGGAGCUCUGGACCAUGAAGCUGGAGGAAGAGCUUGCACUUAAAGAGGAGGCAGAGAUGAUCCUUCGUGAAUUCCGUGAGGACGUGGACAAUGCCACUCUGCAGAAGGCUGACCUGGAGAGACGUGUGGAGCAGUUGGUGGCUGAGAUCGAGUUCCUGAAGAAGCUACACAGUGAAGAAGUGGCCGAGCUAAUGAAGCAGAUCGAGGAAUCGAAGGUGACCGUGGAGCUCGACUCAGAUCGGCCCGAUUUAGCCGCUCACCUGCGCAAGACACGUGCUGAGAUUGAAGCUGUCGCCGCACGCAAUGUCCAGGAGGCUGAGAAGUGGUACAAAGGAAAAUUUGACACACUGAAGGAGAGUGCUGUCAAACGUGAAACCCAGAUGAGCACCAUGAAAGAAGAGAUCAGCACCCUGAGCAGUGAAGUGUCUGACCUGCAGAACCAAAUUGAUGCCCUUAGGGCCAAAAACGCCGCCCUGGAGCAGCAGCUGGAUGACAUGGAGAUGUCUCACUUGGACAAGGUGUCUAACCUGGAGGCUAUCAUCGCUCAGCUCGAGAACCAGCUGUGUGAAACCAAGAUGGAGAUGGCCAAAUAUCUUGCGGAUUACCAGGAGCUGCUUAAUAUCAAACUUAAGUUAGACGCAGAGAUCGCCACAUACAGGAAUCUUCUGGAAGGAGAAGAGAAACGGCUUGGGAUCUCAGUCAGUGAGAGCACGGCAGGAACUUCUGCAACUCCGUCAGCCGCAGUCGAAGAAUCGGCCUAAAGCACUUAAUCAUGCAACAUACACACACGCACACACACUGACUGCACCAUCAUUAACUAUGCC